AUGAAUAUACGAGUGAAGAGGAGGUGCAGCCACAGAUCAGCAGAAGAGGAGGUGCAGUCAGAGAUCAGCAGAAGAGGAGGUGCAGCCACAGAUCAGCAGAAGAGGAGGAGCAGUCAGAGAUCAGCAGAAGAGGAGGUGCAGUCAGAGAUCAGCAGAAGAGGAGGUGCAGUCAGAGAUCAGCAGAAGAGGAGGUGCAGCCACAGACAAGCAGAAGAGGAGGUGCAGUCAGAGAUCAGCAGAAGAGGAGGUGCAGCCACAGAUCAGCUGAAGAGGAGGUGUAGCCACAGAUCAGCAGAAGAGGAGGUGCAGUCAGAGAUCAGCAGAAGAGGAGGUGCAGUCAGACAUCAGCAGAAGAGGAGGUGCAGUCAGACAUCAGCAGAAGAGGAGGUGCAGCCACAGAUCAGCAGAAGAGGAGGUGCAGCCACAGAUCAGCAGAAGAGGAGGUGCAGCCACAGAUCAGCAGAAGAGGAGGUGUAG